UGGUUCACUUAAAAGAACCGGCUCUUAUGGUUCACUUAAAAGAGCCGGCUCUUUGAACCGGCUCGUUCGCGACCGACACAUCACUAGGGCGGAAGUGUGUCCAUUUUUUUUCUCAAUCGGAUAAGAGCGGCUCGAGGAGCUGCAGCCCGGGCAACGCGCUCCCUCCACCUCCACCUUUAUGUUUAUGUUCGUAUUAAUCCACCCCGAGAGAGUAAACAACGGCGACAACAACAAACAACCAAGUAAAGGGACGUAAAUCAGCUCCAGGACCGAGUCUUCCCGGUCGUAGGGUCGCUGCAGCCAGAGGAGAGAAAACCUGCGCAUUCCUCCACAAGCAGAGAGAGAGAGAGGAGACCGACCACCGACCACCAGCAGCCUGAACGGGCUCUAGAGGAGCUGCAAGCGGCCUCUAACACAAGCUGAAUUCACCCGCGGAGGCUCCUUAUAGAUGGUAUUUGUUGUCUUUAUCGGAGACUCGAUGUGUUUGUUGUUGAUGACCUCAACGCACAUGAUGUUGCUUUGAUGAAUAAUUCACGGUCUCACGGUCCGAGGCUGCGAUUACCGACCGACCGUUGGCUGCGCCCGACGCCGCCUGAACGGGCCCCGAUGGUGGACUAGAGAGAAGACUAGAGACUAGAGAGAAGAGAAGAGACACAACCACGACGACGAGCACGCGGGGAUUGGCGAGCAGCGAGUAAAACAACAGUAUAAAUCAGUAGAUCGUCGUGUUGGUGCUGUUUAUGUCGCAGAGCCCUGUAGUCAUGUUGUUGAGUCGGUGGGGGAGGAGAGACGGAGCCUCCAGUACUUCGACGCCGAUCCAGUGUCACUCCAGUUUCGGGUUGAUGUUAUGAGCCUUGAACUGAAGCACCAUACGUUGUAAUCUAACAUAGUGAAGCGCAUGCCUCACCCACGCCUUACACAACUCAAUUGAUCUUUUUUGUUACCUCAGAGAUUACCUUUGAAGAACUGUUUUUGAAGCCUACCUCCUUGUUUUGAGUUAUAUAGUACAGAGACAACAUCUGUAUGUCUGAUGAGCACCGUUUUCACUGUUUGAACUGACUUUUAAUACCUCAUGAAUCUACCUCAAAUACUUUAUUUUCUACACAACACAAGGGGCCAAUGUGUCCCCACAUAAAUACCUCAACUGCAUCACAUGUUGUAAGCUGAGCAUCUUCAGAUGGCUUCGUUUCCAGACUCGGACCUGCAGACCUGCCCUCUCUGCAAGGAGCUGUGUGGCUCCUCUGCUCCCAUUUCCUCCAGCUCCUCUACCUCUUCAUCCUCCUCGCAUACCUCAUCCUCCUCCAGCCAGACCACCAGGAGGCUCCACGUCCUGCCCUGCCUCCACGCCUUCUGCAGGCAGUGCCUAGAGGGCCAACGAAGUCCAGGGGACCCCCUGAAGCUGCGGUGCCCCACCUGCGACCAGAAGGUGUGCAUCUCUGAGGCCGGAGUGGACUCCCUGCCUUCCUCCAACUUCCUCUUCAGCAACCUGCUGGACGUGGUGGUGAGCUCCGAGGAGCAGAUUCAGAACAAGAACGGCCACCACCACCACCACCACCACCGGGGAGGCUUAGGCGGAGGCUCCUCCGGCUUCCACCACCCUCAUGGAGGUCUGCUGCACCCAAACCACCUGGGAGAGCCUCAGUGCAGUUCCUGCGACGAGGAGAACCCGGCCACCUCGCACUGCCUUGACUGCCAGGAGUACCUGUGUGACAACUGUGUGCGGGCACACCAGAGGGUGCGGCUGACCAAGGACCACUUCAUCGAGCGCCUGGGAGAGAACCUCCACCUGGGCCGGAUCAACGUCAACAGCAACCCGGGUCAGCCAGGGGUGUCGGUGUCCCUCGCCCAGUCCCUGCAGAACAACUUCGCCCUGCUGUCCCUGUUCCAGGACCACAUGAGCUUCUGCCAACACCAUGACAACGAGGUGUUCCUGUUCUUUUGUGAAUCCUGCUCGGUGCCUAUCUGUAGGGAGUGCAGUGUUGGCCGUCAUAUGGGCCACACCUUUGUUUAUCUACAAGACGCUGUACAGGACUGCAGGGCCAUCACCAUCCAGCUGCUGGCAGAUGCACAACAGGGACGUCAGGCUGUGCAGCUAAGCAUGGAGAAGGUCCAGGCCAUGGCGGAGCAGGUGGAGAUCAAAGCCAAGGUGGUGCAGACUGAAGUGAAGGCCCUCGUGCUCAGACACAAAAAAGCGCUGGAGGAGAGGGAGUGUGAACUACUGUGGAAGGUGGAGAAGAUCCGUCAGGUGAAGGCCAAGUCUCUGUACCUGCAGGUAGAGAAACUGCACCAGAGUUUGACCAAGUUGGACAGCACCAUCGCUGCCGUCAGCCAGGUGCUCGAUGAGGGCCGCCACCUCGACGUGCUGCUGGCCAGGGAGCGAAUGCUCACCCAGAUCCACGAACUCAAGGCGUUGAGGGGCCUGCUGCAGGCGCAAGAGGAUGACCGCUUCAUGUUCACUCCUCCAGACCAGGCUCUGUGCAUAGCCAUCCAGUCCAUGGGCCUCAUCAGCAGCGGAGCCUUUGCCCCGGUCACCAAAGCCCAUGGCGAGGGUCUAAAAAGUGCGCUUCGUGGCAAGCCCGCCUCCUUCUCCGUGAUCGGAUAUGACCAUGACGGCGAGCCACGUCUUUCCGGCGGGGACACGGUGUCUGCAAUAGUCAUGUCCGUCCCAGAUGGCAACCUGUCUGCAGCGGAGGUGACGGACCACCAGAACGGCCAGUACACCGUCAAUUACCUGCCUAAAUGUGAGGGGGAGCACCUGGUGUCGGUGUUGGUGUGCAACCAGCACAUCCAGGGCAGCCCCUUCAAGGUGAUCGUGAAGUCAGGGCGGAGCUACGGCUCCCUCGGCACCCAGGUGUCGGCCUUCGGGAGCGAGGGGGAGGGAGACGGUCAGCUGUGUCGUCCCUGGGGCAUCAGCGUGGACAAGGAGGGAUACGUGGUGGUGGCCGAUCGCAGCAACAACCGCAUACAGAUAUUCAAGCCUUGCGGUGCCUUCCACCAUAAGUUUGGCUCUCUGGGUUCUCGACCUGGUCAGUUUGAUCGUCCGGCAGGGGUUGCAUGUGACAGUCAGAGACGAAUCAUUGUGGCUGAUAAGGACAAUCACCGUGUGCAGGUGUUUACUUUCGAGGGCCAGUUCCUGCUGAAGUUUGGGGAAAAGGGUACUAAGAAUGGGCAGUUCAACUAUCCCUGGGAUGUGGCUGUCAACUCUGAGGGUAAGAUCCUGGUCUCAGACACCAGGAACCACCGCGUGCAGCUCUUCGGCCCCGACGGCUCUUUCCUCAACAAGUACGGCUUCGAGGGGGCCCUGUGGAAACACUUUGACUCUCCCAGAGGCGUGGCCUUUAACCACGAAGACCACCUGGUGGUGACCGACUUCAACAACCACAGGCUCUUGGUCAUCCGGCCGGACUGCCAGUCGGCUCGCUUCCUGGGCUCCGAGGGCACCGGGAACGGGCAGUUCCUGCGGCCCCAGGGCGUCGCCGUGGACCAGGAGAACCGCAUCAUCGUGGCCGACUCCCGCAACCACCGAGUCCAAGUAUUCGAGCCCAACGGAAACUUCUUAUGCAAAUUUGGCACACAGGGGAGUGGCUUCGGACAGAUGGAUCGCCCCUCCGGCGUGGCCGUGACGCCUGACGGAGUCAUUGUGGUGGUUGACUUUGGAAAUAAUCGCAUCCUCAAGUUCUAAAAAAAAAAAAAAAAAAAAAAAAAAAAAGUUUAUUUUUGCAUUCUCUCCCUCUGUUUGGCCUUUUAGCAGUUUUCUUGAUGAAGGAAAUGGAGGUGAGAGAAUGAAUCAACAGACACAACAGGAGCACAGAGAGGAUUGAGAGCAUGCUGAAGUGAAGGGAAAUUAAAACUCUAGAUUGUUUUCACUUACAUUGCUAUAUUCCCAAUCAGAUAUCUGUGGUUUGUAUGACAAAGGGGACCUCUACAAAUUGAUAAUCAGUAGAAAAAAAAGCCAUAUUUCUCUUCCUCAGUCUCAGCUGCUCUCAAUUCUCUCUGUAAGCUCUCCUUAAGUAUCCAACUCAGGGAUUUUUUCACUUUUCUUGAAAUCUUGUACCCUCUGCUCCAUACCUACCUCAUUUAGCUCUUUACGAAUGUACUCAUAGUCACUGAGCAGAGGUUUUAGUCCGUGAAGUUUUACAAAGAAGAAAAGCCUACCUCUAUACUUUGUUAUUUAAGAGAGACAAAAAAAAAAGAGAAUAGACUGUUCAGUUGAUAUUUGCACAGGAUUAAAGAAAUUCUUGCCGUGCAUUUUGAAAUAUGAGUUAAAGUGAACCUCCUGAAUGUUGUUGCUGAGACAAUACUCAGACCGCUGUAGAGGCUGCAUGAUUUAUUCUCAUCAGAGGGCUUCGCUCAGAGAGGAAACUAGGGGUACAGUAGUGUCCUUUUUCAUGUUUUUAGGCUAGUUAGUUUCUCGCGUAUGCAUCAACCCUUGUCUCUUUGUGGCUCCGUGGAGUUUGUAGUGUCAUGAUAGCUUAAGAAGAGAGUGCGAAGCGAUGCCAAACUAGAUAGAAUCAAAAUUAGCUCAGGUCACGGUAGCUAGGACUGAUUUAAAAAUGAUCAGUACUUUUCAGCCUCUCCCUCUAGCUUUACUGGCUGAAUCGAUAAAUUUCAUUGUUGAGGAAAUCAUCUCCAAAAUGAUCCCUAAAAUAAGUAAUAAAUAAGUAAUCCAAAGUGUUUGAUCAUCCAUACACCCCCAGCCCCCAAAUCCUGUCUCAUAAGACUGGAUGAAUGACAACCUGUGUCGCCACUAUCCAGUCCGUCGCAUGAACAACUAAAGAUGCAAAGACGAGUAUGCAAGGAGAGCAGCGUCUCCUCCAAAAGGGGAGGACCCACCAAAGGGUUUUGGUGAUGAAUUUUUCCAAGAUCUGGAUCUAUUAGCGAUCCUAACGUAGAGAUUUAAUCAUUUAAUUGAAUGACAUCUUUUUUGAUGAGGCAUGCUGUGUGACAAAAGCCUCACACCUAAUUUGGCUGUCCAGAGGACAUUAAUGGCAUCAAAUGACAGGCCUAACAUUACAAUCCUUUGGAUUUAGAUUGUGGCUCCUGGGGCCGGGGAUUUAGUCCCAACGAGAGGGUGUCAUCACGAAGCCCUGCCCUAUUUAUUGAUGCUCGGAGUUGAGGAGACGUCUCCAGAUUGACAAGUAGAUCAAUUCCUCUAAAGACGGAGGUCUAUACACCGACUACUGGAGUCAACCAAAGUUAGAAUCUCUGCACAAUGGCCAACUGUAGAUUUGGCGAUUUAAAAGAACCCCCUUUAAACACAUUUUCUUGAAUAAUCAUUGUUGCUGGGACGUCUGAAGUUCAUAAAAACGCAUGGAUUUGAGUUCAUAGCACUGUCCAUGUUUAGAAAAAUAAAGUGGUGUCACAGUUUAUUGUGCAUGUCACAUCCUGCUAUGACCUGUUGCUAUGUGUGAGGCAGGUUUUGAAUGAAGAUCCUCUUCGCCUGUCUGCAGAGAUGUUAGUGUAGAGAACAGAAGAUACCCGCCACCAAAGAGAACCCCUUUCUUCCCCUUCGCAUUUAUCAGCCCACCAAACCACGCCUUUAGUUUGAUCAUUAUUAUGAAACGGCCCAUAGGCUCAAAGUAGCGUCUCAGAUUAGCCUUCGUAUCCCAAUCUAAUUACCAUAGAAACUACUAACUCUUUGUGGUGAAAGCAUUGUGGGGUUUUGAAUCCCCCUUGCCCUUUUGUUCAAUCUGUGUCCCACUGGAAGCACUAGACAAUUACGGUUCUGUUAGCCACUUCCUUAGCCUAGCAUCGAAUCUUGGGACCCGUGAAAAGAUCCACCGACCGGCUCUCGCCUCUGAGGCGAGGGGCCCGUCCGCACAUGAUCAGGAUUUUACACCGUCAUAUCUCAGAUGCCUCAACGGUCGCUUUCUCGUAUACCUCGACUCCUGAAUACCUCAAGUAUGUCCCUCAUAGCUACUGUGCAUUUAAACAUUCUAAUACCUCAACUUGUUACACAUUCUGAAUACCUCAUUUUUACUCUUUUAUUUAAGCAUACCUUAUGCAUUACAAAUAUACCUCAUUCUUUUGAAUCUUCUUGUGUUACAGUGCAGUACAUGUCCCAUCGCUCUAGGACCAAAGAUCACGGUACUGUCUCGAGUUGAAAUAAGAAAUUUGUGUUAUGGUUCAUCGCUCCAUCUCGCAACCCUGAGCAGCUUUUGGUUUGUUUGAAUCUACUGUAAAAUGUCUGGUGAACUAUGCCUUUAUUUUGUCAUCAAGAAACCAAAUAUUUCAGAUGAAAGCAUUGUGCCAAAAUGAUCUGUGAGAGUUCUGUGCCAAAAGGGGUUGGCAUUGGGACCACGCUGUUGUCGACGACAAAUGUCACUGGACCAUUAUAUCAUAGAUACACAUGUUGAAUCGGAGCACUCGGGGAUAAAUCCUCUCUCUCUGAUUGGAUGCACUUAAGAGGGCUGGGCCCAAUUUAUCUUUACCUCAUAAUGAUGAUGCAGAUUCCACUUGUACUUUGCUACUGUGUGCAAAGGAUGAGGGCAAGAGGAUGUGGGCUCUUUUAAAGAGUUAAGAACUUCACAAAUCCGCCUUUUAACGCACAAGAAUUACCUCUAAUUUCAGCACAAUUUACCAAUAUUUCAGUGUGGAUUUAUUGACGCUGGACCUCGAGUCCAACAUUCUGUGGCGGUUUAAACAAACACAUCAGAAUAUCACGCAUGACGCGUGACAACAGCUUGGUUUAUUAUUUAAGUGGAGCUAUUAGCACAUUGAUGGCGAGCCAGUUUCGAUUCCACAGACCCAGCUGCUUUGAACUCAACACCUAGUUUCACCAACACGAUUGUUUUUUGCUUUUCAGUAUUAAUCUGUGAAAUGUUCAUUCAUGUUGCAUCAGUUUUUUUGUUUUUUUUUCAAUUAAAAUUGCAGAAUUCUAUCUAUAAGAUCCUUAGGUUUUCACUCUUAAAAGAGGGGAAACGUAUUUUAAACAUUUUUAUUUGUUUUUUUCAUUUUGUUGCAUGCUUUAAAAAGUCCUUGUAUUAUAUUGACGUCUCUCAGAUAGGUGUUGAAAAACUCAAGACGGGGUGGGUAGCUGAUUAUUGGGAUGGUUUUACCAAAAUAUAUACCCAAAGAUGUGUAUGUGUGUGUUAGGAUUGCGUUGGAUGGGAUUAACCUUUGACCUUUGCGAUUGUAUUUCCUGUUCUCAAGAGGCUCUGCAGAGCACAACCUGUUCAGCCGGCCAAGCCUCGACUCCUGAGAAACAAUAGAGGCAGAGCUUUCAGAUAAAGGCUGGUGUGCCCCUCGACCAUUAGUGCUUAAUUUACUUUAACUCCCUCUAGUAUGCAUAAUAUGGGUAGACGUAUUAACAUAUAGUCCUUUCGCUCAAACUUUAGGAAGCUGCAAAAGCGUAGAUUUACCUUCCCGACAAUUAUGAAUCCAUAAGGCGGGCCAUUUUGUGUUUGACCUAGUAAUGGGAACUCUCGCUGUCAUGUGAGAAGCAGCUGGGUUUCUCCAGCACAAACUAGCAAUCAGCUUCCUUCCUUGUCUUUAUAAGAAUCCAGGGAGUGUGGUGAUGGCUGCUGAGCACGUGAUCGGUUGACUGCACUCCUGUUCGGUGUUUUUUUUUUUUUUUGUUUUUUUUAUUGGGCCCCUGUGGUUAUUUUUGUCCACCAUAUUAUUGCUGGCCUCUCAACGGCUUUAAGAGAGAAAAAGCAAAGCUGCACCAGGUGACGUGUGCAAGGUCGUAGACCUCAUUUUAAUGAUUGUAUACUCUAAAGACAGAAAGACAAAAAAAAGGUUGGAAAAUUUAGAAAGGAAAAAAAAUAAAACUCAGGUAGUUCUCAGCAGCCCUGCCCUGCAGGUGUCUCAUUGAAACGUGUCCCCGUAGUGAUGAUGUAGUGACUUUUCCCCCUCUGUUAUGACCUCUCAGUACUAGUCUGAUUCUUUUUUUGUGUGCCCAUUUACAUAUUAUAAAACAAAUUAUUUCUAAAUCUGAAAUGCUUUCGAUAAGUUUCCCCGAUUAUAAUUUUUUUUUUUUUUUUUUUGCCAAUGUUUUUCUUUUACAAAAUGUACAAAUACUUCACACCACUUGAUGUCCAUUGGCCCUUUUAGAAUGUAUUUUGUGAAGAAAAGGGUUAAAUGGCAUCUUGUUGAUGCUCACUCACGCUACAACCAGCUGCUGCUAAGACAGAACACAGUGCAUUGUUCUCUAAACAGUUACCGCUAAAUGUUCCACACCAGCAAUACUUCAAGUAUGAGGUGGAAUCAUGUGGUUAUCGUGGAACAUGCGGCACCGCGUUCAUUCAUAAAACCAGCUUUAAACGUCAGCCUCGCCCACAUGGGAGGCGUCCAAAUCUCUUGUUUGCAUUGUGUCCUGUUCUCCCAGCGGCCGGUUGUUUGUGGAGUGGAUAUUGUGUUUGUGCGCUGCAUCUGUGUUGUGUAAGCAGAAAUCCACUGAAUGUAUCCUCCUAACAGUCCACGAGGCAGGGCGAGCCAGCGUGGCCAGCUGAGUUCAGAUGGUUGCUGCUGGCGCUUCCUCUUCCAGGCCGUUGUGUGUGUGUGUGUUUAUCAGUCAAACCUCGUACGUACGUGUGUGUGUGUUGACAAGCACACCUUCCCCUCCCUCUUAACACACUCACACAUCCUGCUGAGUUUAAGUGCAGAUGUCAGGUCUUCAGUCUAAAUACGGUAGAGGAGACUAUAAUAUAUUGGCCACCUGCUGCUCUCUCUGUACUCUGUGGACUUUAAACAUUUCCUAUGCAGUUUUUUUUUUGUUUGUUUUUUUGUUUACACUUAAAUAAAGCUGUAUUUCUUUGACUUCAAAAAA